CCAAAAACGGUUUAUGCGUUCAAGUUCACUAUUUUUGCAAGUGCGCUGCUGGACGAGCAGCCGCUUCUGAGGCCUGCACUGACAAGUGACUUCCCCCAUCUCCACUUCUGGCCGAAGAUGUCCUCCAUGGUUUCUCACAAUCCGGCGAUCUCAAUCUCUUCCUCGUCCUCCACUUUUUUAGCUCCCUCAAACUUCAAUACAAGGAGUCAAAAUGUAUCCUUGAAUGCAAAAAAUGUGGCCAUAUGUAAAUGCGUUGCGGCACCCGAAGAAGUGCUCACUGCUUACAAGACAAAAGUUUCCCGCAAUGCAAACAUGGGAAAACUUCAAGCUGGUUAUCUCUUUCCAGAGAUUGCUAGAAGAAGGGCUGCACACUUGCAGAAGUACCCUGAUGCAAAAGUGAUAAGUUUGGGAAUUGGUGAUACUACUGAGCCCAUUCCUGAAGUCAUAACUUCUGCAAUGGCAAAGAGAUCACUUGCACUGUCUACUGUAGAGGGGUAUAGUGGUUAUGGAGUCGAACAAGGUGACAAGCCACUAAGAAAUGCAAUUGCUUCAACGUUUUACAACGAUCUUGGCAUUGAGGAAGGUGAUAUAUUUGUUUCUGAUGGAGCAAAAUGUGACAUAUCUCGCCUCCAGAUGAUGUUUGGUUCAAAUGUAACAAUAGCAGUACAAGACCCAUCAUACCCGGCUUAUGUGGACUCCAGUGUUAUUAUGGGUCAGACUGGCCAAUAUCUGAAGGAUGCUGAAAAAUAUGGAAACAUUGAAUACAUGAGAUGUACGCGAAAUGGUUUCUUUCCUGAUUUAUCAUUAGCUUCGCGGGCAGACAUAAUAUUUUUCUGUUCACCCAACAAUCCUACUGGUGCCGCAGCAACAAGGGAGCAACUAACUCAACUAGUUCAGUUUGCCAAGGACAAUGGGUCUAUAGUUGUCUAUGAUUCUGCUUAUGCAAUGUACAUUUCAGAUGACAAACCACGCUCCAUCUUUGAAAUUCCUGGAGCCAAAGAAGUCGCAAUUGAGACAGCAUCAUUUAGCAAGUAUGCUGGUUUCACUGGAGUUCGGUUGGGAUGGACAGUGAUUCCAAAGCAGUUAUUGUUUUCAGAUGGCUUUCCAGUUGCCAGGGAUUUCAACCGUAUUGUGUGUACUAGCUUUAAUGGUGCAUCUAAUAUCUCUCAAACAGGUGGUCUGGCUUGCCUCUCACCAGAAGGCCUUAAGGCUAUGCAAGAUGUUAUUGGAUUCUACAAAGAAAACACAAACAUAAUAACAGAGACAUUUGAAACCCUCGGAUUUAAAGCAUAUGGAGGUAAAAAUGCUCCAUAUGUGUGGGUUCAUUUCCCUGGGCGAAGUUCAUGGGAUGUAUUUGCUGAGAUUCUUGAGAAGACUCAUGUGGUUACAACACCUGGCAGUGGUUUCGGACCUGGUGGGGAAGGUUUCGUCAGGGUUAGUGCCUUUGGUCACAGGGAAAAUAUAUUAGAGGCUUGCAGAAGGUUCAAGCAACUUUACAAUUGAAUUUAGAGCAUGCUACAUAGUAAAUUUUAUGCUGUAUUGAACUGAAACUGAUCUAUUUUGCCUUAGCCCUAGGAGGGUUGUUGUAACAUUUUGAAUAUUGCUUAAUAAUUUAUCUCUGUUUUUUCAUCUUAGCUAGUGAACAUGGAGCCUCUUUAGUAGGACAUAUUUAUAUUGAUGUCAUUGAACUUUUAGAUCUGUUUCUA